AAGAGAGAGAGAGAGAGCGUGUUUGGAUUAGCCGUCCCGUUUGUAUUCCUCGUCACCUCUUCAAAGAUAAAGCGACGAAAAUAAAGCGAAGCUUUGAACAAAAAGGGGAAUUCGUUGCUGUUUGUGUUUGUCAAAAGGUAUCUCAAUCGAUCGGAGCUAGGGCUUUCUCCAAAAUGAAGAUGCGAAAUGCCCAUUUUUGAGGAUUCCAGCUCCGGUGCUAUUGCGAAAUUAGGGCUUUUUCGAAUUAAUGGACGUUGAUUCCGCUAUGGCCGCCGAGACCGAUCGAGAUCCGUCCCCGGACUCCGCCGCGGCCGCGAAUUCGGUCGCGCUGCUGUCCGGCGAAUCUCAAUCCUCGUCGCCGCAGCUGCAGCAGGAGCAGAGCAAUAUCAAUAAUAGUAAUAGCGGAGGGGCGGUGGGCGGGCCACGCUGCGCGCCGAUGUAUACUGUGGUGAACGCGAUAAUUGAGAAGAAGGAGGAUGGUCCUGGUCCGCGAUGUGGCCACACGCUGACUGCGGUGCCGGCGGUUGGGGAGGAGGGGAGUCCUGGAUACAUUGGGCCGAGAUUGAUUCUGUUUGGAGGGGCGACGGCGCUCGAGGGCAAUUCCGCUGCAUCGGGAACUCCUUCUUCUGCGGGAAGCGCAGGAAUCCGGUUGGCUGGGGCUACUGCAGAUGUGCAUUGCUAUGAUGUAUUGGCAAAUAAGUGGUCAUGUGUAACCCCGAUUGGGGAACCACCCACACCUAGGGCGGCUCAUGUUGCAACUGCUGUAGGCACCAUGGUUGUUAUUCAGGGUGGGAUUGGUCCGGCUGGUUUAUCGGCUGAAGAUCUUCAUGUUCUGGACCUUACACAGCAACGGCCAAGAUGGCAUAGGGUUGUGGUGCAUGGUCCUGGCCCCGGCCCACGGUAUGGGCAUGUAAUGGCUUUGGUGGGACAGCGGUAUUUGAUGGCAAUUGGAGGAAAUGAUGGGAAACGGCCUUUAGCUGAUGUAUGGGCAUUGGACACUGCUGCAAAGCCAUAUGAAUGGAGGAAACUAGAGCCGGAGGGUGAAGGUCCCCCUCCAUGCAUGUAUGCAACUGCAAGUGCACGAUCCGAUGGUCUUCUUCUGCUUUGUGGUGGAAGGGAUGCAAAUAGUGUUCCACUAGCUAGUGCAUACGGGCUUGCUAAGCACAGAGAUGGUAGGUGGGAAUGGGCCAUUGCACCUGGUGUCUCACCGUCACCAAGGUAUCAACAUGCAGCGGUUUUUGUUAAUGCGCGUCUUCAUGUCUCCGGAGGGGCACUUGGUGGUGGACGCAUGGUGGAGGACUCCUCAAGUGUUGCCGUUUUGGAUACAGCAGCUGGAGUUUGGUGUGAUACAAAGUCUGUUGUCACAACUCCGAGAACAGGUCGAUACAGUGCUGAUGCUGCUGGAGGAGAUGCAGCUGUUGAAUUAACAAGGCGAUGUAGGCAUGCUGCCGCUGCUGUUGGUGACUUGAUAUUCAUUUAUGGUGGUCUACGUGGUGGGGUUCUUCUUGAUGAUUUGCUUGUCGCUGAAGAUCUGGCUGCUGCUGAAACGACUAGUGCAGCUUCUCAUGCUGCAGCUGCGGCUGCAGCAUCCAAUUUGCAGCAAGGGAGGCCACAAGGAAGAUAUGGAUUUAAUGAUGAUAGACCAAGGGUACCUCUUACUGAUUCUGCCGCUGAUGGUUCUGUUGUUGUUGGAAGUCCUGUUGCCCCUCCUGCAAAUGGUGAUAUCUAUACAGAUAUAAGCACAGAGAAUGCGAUUUCUCGACAAUCAAGUAAAGGUGUCGACUAUUUAGUUGAAGCUGCUGCAGCUGAAGCUGAGGCGAUUAGUGCCACAUUAAAAGCUGCUAAAGCUCGACAAGUAAAUGGAGAAAUUGAGCUGCCAGACAGAGAUCGUGGGGCUGAGGCAACGCCAAGUGGAAAACAAUCUACAUUGAUCAAACCCGACUCUGCAAUGUCAAUGAAUUCUAUCCCAGCUGGAGUUCGACUUCAUCAUCGUGCUGUGGUUGUAGCUGCAGAGACCGGUGGUGCCUUAGGUGGUAUGGUUAGACAGUUGUCAAUCGAUCAGUUUGAAAAUGAAGGCAGACGGGUCAGCUAUGGAACUCCAGAAAGUGCAACAGCAGCUAGGAAACUCUUAGAUCGACAAAUGUCAAUUAACAGUGUACCUAAGAAGGUUAUUAGUCAUCUUUUGAAACCUCGCGGGUGGAAGCCUCCAGUCCGAAGACAAUUUUUCUUGGACUGUAAUGAGAUUGCUGAUCUUUGUGAUAGUGCUGAGAGAAUAUUUUCGAGUGAACCAAGUGUGCUACAGCUUAAGGCUCCUAUUAAGAUAUUUGGUGAUUUGCACGGUCAAUUUGGAGAUCUUAUGAGGCUUUUUGAUGAAUAUGGAUCUCCUUCUACUGCAGGAGACAUUGCAUAUAUUGAUUAUCUUUUCUUGGGAGACUAUGUUGACCGUGGCCAGCAUAGCUUGGAAACCAUUACUCUUCUCCUUGCUUUGAAGAUUGAGUAUCAACAUCAAGUACAUCUAAUCCGGGGCAAUCAUGAGGCUGCUGAUAUCAAUGCUCUUUUUGGCUUUCGGAUUGAGUGCAUUGAGCGUAUGGGUGAGAGAGACGGAAUAUGGACAUGGCAUCGGAUAAAUAGAUUGUUCAAUUGGCUUCCUCUAGCUGCAUUAAUUGAGAAAAAGAUUAUCUGUAUGCAUGGUGGUAUUGGGAGAUCUAUAAACCAUGUCGAACAGAUUGAGAAUAUCCAACGGCCAAUUCCUAUGGAAGCAGGAUCAAUUGUUCUUAUGGACUUACUGUGGUCCGAUCCCACUGAAAAUGACAGUGUAGAAGGGCUGCGGCCAAAUGCAAGAGGUCCUGGAUUAGUAACCUUCGGGCCUGAUCGUGUCAUGGAAUUCUGUAACAACAAUGACCUUCAGUUGAUAGUCCGAGCACAUGAAUGUGUAAUGGACGGCUUUGAAAGAUUUGCUCAGGGACACUUAAUUACUCUUUUUUCUGCCACAAACUACUGUGGUACGGCAAAUAAUGCUGGUGCUAUCUUGGUUUUGGGUAGAGAUUUAGUAGUUGUGCCUAAACUCAUUCAUCCGUUGCCCCCUGCAAUUUCAUCUCCUGAAACAUCUCCAGAUCACCAUACCGAAGACACGUGGAUGCAGGAGCUCAAUGCUAACCGGCCACCCACGCCUACUAGAGGCCGACCUCAAGUCAAUAAUAGUAACGAUCGAGGCUCUCUUGCUUGGAUUUAGAUUAUGGUCACAGAUGAUUUUCUACCACAUCUUCCGGGCUUAUGCUGACAUCCGGGGCAUUCCAGCCAUUUGUACAUAGCACGAUACCACCUGGAGAAUUACCUCUUGGUGGCUUCAAGGCCUUGAGAUCCCGAUAUGUUUCAUACGGUUGAGGAGCUCUCCGAGGAAGAGGCGACAAGUUCAAACGAGAAAUGUGUGUACUUUUGUGUUUCUGUACAUGAGAAAUCAGGUAGUCAGCAUUGUCAUUUCUUCGUUGGGUGGGCAGGCGCCGGUAUUCAUCGUUAGUUCUUACAUUCCUCUCUUCUUUUGUUUCUUAGUUUAGGUGUAUCAUUUUAAUCUUCUUCCAUUUUAAGAGGUUUGUAUACGAGGUUGGUGAGAUAUUUUCAUGUAUAAUAGAGAGAGAGAGAGAGAGAGAGAGAGAGAGAGAGAGAGGGUGUUGCCUUGUGUAAUUUGUGUCUACUUUAGCUACAAUUGUGUGAUGAUAAUAGGUUUUUCUUUGCAAUUGUUGUUUGGAAUAACGAUACAAUUAUGUCCUUUUCACAGAUGCAGUUCAAUUUAUUUGAUUUUCGUGUA